CGGCGGAUCUUUGGCUUCUCCCACUUUCGCGCGGUUCUCGAGCUGUGCAAGCUCUGGAUUCUCUGGAGUUUGAAUUUUUUUCAAUGGAAGAACACUGAGGAGGACUGAUGAGGUCUUAACAUUUCGGAAACCAUGAUUUGUUUUCAGGAAUUAGUGACAUUCAGGGAUGUGGCCAUAGACUUCUCUCAGCAGGAAUGGGAAUACCUGGACCCUAUUCAGAGGGACUUGUACAGGGAUGUGAUGUUGGAGAACUAUAGAAACUUGGUUUCACUGGGACAUUCCAUUUCUAAGCCAGAUGUGGUUGACUUAUUGGAGCAAGGAAAAGAGCCCUGGAUGAUUUUGAGGGAAGAAACACAGAGACAGUACGCAGAUUUGAAUUUACAUUGUGAGGUAAUCAGCUAUCUAGAAAUACCCACUUAUGAAAAAGAUGUAUCUUCUAUACAACAUCAGAGCAUAUGUAACAGAGAAAAACUCUAUGAAUGUAAGAAAUGUCAGAAGAAAUUUAGUAGUGGCUAUCAAUUUAUUCUACAUCACAGGCUUCAUAUUGACGAAAGACCCUAUGAAUGCAAAGAAUGUGGGAAGAACUUUCGUAGUGGCUAUCAACUUACCCUACAUCAAAGAUUUCAUACUGGUGAGAAACCCUAUCAAUGUACAGAAUGCGAGAAGAACUUUAAAAGCGGCUAUCAACUUACUGUACAUCAGAGAUUUCAUACUGGUGAGAAAACCUAUGAAUGUAGGGAAUGUGGGAAGACCUUUAUCUAUGCCUCACACAUCGUUCAGCAUGAGAGAAUCCACACUGGUGGGAGGCCUUAUGAAUGUCAGGAAUGUGGGAAGGCCUUUAGUCAAGGUGGACACCUUAGAAUUCAUCAAAGAAUUCAUACUGGUGAGAAACCCUACAAAUGUCAGGAAUGUGGGAAGGCUUUUAGUAGGCGUUCAAACCUUGUUGAACAUGGGCAAAUCCAUACUAAUGAGAAACCUUAUGUAUGUGAGAAAUGUGGGAAGGCCUUUAAAAGAAGUCAUCAACUUACUGUACAUCAGGGUGUUCAUACUGGUAAAAAACCAUAUGAAUGUAAAGAAUGUGGAAAGGGCUAUACCACUGCCUCAUACCUUAUUCUACAUCAGAGAAUUCAUAAAAGUGGGAAACCAUAUGAAUGUAAGGAAUGUAAGAAAACCUUUACCUUGUAUAGGAAUCUUAUUCGACAUCAGCAUAUUCACACUGGUGAGAAACUUUUUGAAUGUAAGCAGUGUGGAAAGACCUAUACUACUGCCUCAAAACUUUUUCAGCAUCAGAAAACUCACACUGGUGAGAAGCCUUAUGAAUGUAAGGAAUGUGGAAAAGCCUUUAGCUUAUAUGGAUACCUUCAUCAACAUGAGAAAAUUCAUACCGGUGUGAAACACUUUGAAUGUGAAGAAUGUAAAAAAACCUUUACUUUGUAUCGAAAUCUUAUUCGACAUCAGAGUAGUCAUACUGGUAAGAAACUUUUUGAAUGUCAGGAAUGUGGGAAGGCCUAUAGUACUGCCUCAAACCUUGUUCAACACCAGAAAACUCAUACUGGUGAGAAACCUUAUGAAUGUAAAGAGUGUGGAAAGACCUUUAGCUUGCAUGGAUAUCUUAAUCAACAUAAAAAAAUUCAUACUGGUGUGAAACCCUAUGAGUGUAAGAUAUGUAGGAAAACCUUUACUUUCUAUAGAAAUCUUACUCUACACCAGAGUAUUCAUACUGAUGAGAAACCUUUUAGAUGUAAGGAAUGUGGGAAGACCUUUAGACGUAGUUCACACCUUACUGCACAUCAGAGUAUCCAUGCUGAUAAGAAACCCUAUGAAUGUACGGAAUGUGGGAAAUCCUUUAAAAUGUAUGGAUACCUUACACAACAUCAGAAAAUUCAUACUGGUGAGAAACCCUAUGAUUGUAAGGAAUGCGGGAAGACCUUUAGUCGUGCUUCAAACCUUGCUCAACAUGGGAGAAUUCAUACUGGUGAAAAACCCUACAUGUGUAAGAAGUGUGGGAAAGCCUUCAGAUAUGGUUCAGCCCUUAAAGCACAUCAGGGAAUGCAUACAGAUAUGAAACUCUAAGAACAUAAGGAAGGUGAGAAUGCCUUUAGGCGUGGCCUGAACUUUUCUACAUCAGCCAGUUCACAAUGGUGAGAAAGUAUUGAAUAUUAGUCUUUAUAGGCAUGUCUUCACCAAAUGAGAGAAUUCAUAACACAGUUAUUGUCAUUUUAUAAAGAUUUCAGUGUCAUUCUUGUUUAAAUGGAAUGCCUGACUAUUUAAACAAUGGCAGAUUAAACCCUGAAUAGCCAAAGGAAUCUUGAAAAAGAACAAAACUAGAGGUAUCACAA